AUGGCUCAAGCAGGCUACUGCUGCCUACCAGGCAAAACAACCACUACGGAGCGCAUGUUGUACCACAGCGGACGGACACGCCAUCUCGGGAAUGUCGACCAUGGAAACACCACUACCGACUUUCUCCCCAUGGAGAGGGAGCGCGGCAUCACCAUCCAGUCGGCCGCCGUGACUUUUCAGUGGCCCCCCAAGGCAUUGUGCCCGCCUGACCACGAACCCAAGACCAUCAACCUGAUCGAUACCCCGGGCCAUCAAGACUUCCGCUACGAGGUUGACCGCUGUCUGCCCAUCCUGGAUGGUGCCGUGUGUAUUCUCGACUCGGUCAAGGGUGUUGAGACUCACACUGAGCGAGUUUGGGGUUCGGCACAGCUCUCCAAGAUCCCCCGUUUGUUGUUUGUCAACAAGCUGGAUCGAGACGGCGCCAGCUUCCGGCGGUCCAUCCACGAGGUGGCAUCCCGGUUAAGGACAUGGCCUCUGCUCUGUCAAAUCCCCUGGUGGCACAAGGAUGCCUUCGUUGGCGUCAUCGAUGUCAUCCACCAGCACGGCUUCAGGUUCUCCAGCACCGGCGCCAUGUCCGUCGUGAGCAAGCAGAGUAUUGCGAAGGAGAGCACGGCGCUGCUCGAAGAGAUGGAAACGGCUCGUCUCCGCUUGAUUGAGACGUUAUCGGAAAACGACGAUGAGAUCAUGGAAGAGUUCCUUGAGUUGGAAAAGGACGUCUCUUCCGCCUCGAUCAAACGAGCUAUUCGACGCCUCGUCAUGGACGGCGAGGCCAAGUUUACGCCGGUCUUUGCGGGUGCGAGUCUCCGAAAUAUCGGUGUGCAACCACUGUUGGACGCUGUCGUCGACUAUCUCCCUAGCCCCACCGACAGGCCGCCACUGGAAAUCAUCGGGGCCAAGGUCCAAACCCUACCCCAGCUUCUUGAGCAGAAGGUCAAGCAAAGAGGAUUAAAUCAACAUCAGGCUCCAAUUGUGGCCGUCGCUCACGUCUUCAAGGUCGUUGACGAUCCGCGCCGUGGCAUGAUGAGCUGGCUUCGCGUCUACCACGGCGCCGUCAGCCGGAGCAGCCACAUGUGGAAUAGCAACGUCCACAACUUUGAGAAGCCCCAGCAUAUUCUCCAUGUGUCGGCCAAGGAUCAUCACGAGAUCCAGAACCUGCCAACGGGGCAUAUUGGUGCCUUGACAGGUCUUAAGUCCGCGCGUACGGGGGACACGCUCAUCACCUUCCCCGGUCACCACGGCAGCACCGCCCCUGAGGCAUUCACAAAUCUCCGAAUCAAGGCGCCUGAAACCCCCCCGGCGGUUGCUUUUAUCGCCAUUGAGCCGUACACGAAGACGGCAAGCGACAAGCUUGAAGAGGCCCUCAACAAGCUCUCGCGCGAGGACCCCAGUAUCAGGUGGUCCAAGGACGAGAAGACGGAUCAACUGAUCCUCUCCGGCAUGGGGUUGUUGCACCUCGAAAUCGCCCAGGAUCGCCUCCUGACGCACUACAAAAUCGACCGCGAGUCUGCCAUGUGGGGAGAGAUCGAGGUCGAGUACUCGGAGUGCCUGCUCGCCCCAACAAGCCCACACCACACCAUAUACGACCGCAACAUCCGCGACAAGGCCGGCAGAGCAGGUUGCACCGUCACCAUCGAGCCCCUAGAGGCCCACCAUCACGACUCCCUCCUCGAGUCCAGCAUCGAGCGUGACGGCAACAUCAUCCACGUCGCCAUCCCGCUCUCCACCGACGGCAAAGUCAAGACCCUCCCCUUCGAACCAGAUCUCGUCCGCCAGCAGCUCUUCAAUGGCGCCAUCGCAGGCCUCGCCCGGGGCCCCCGCCGCAGUGCCCCCGUCCGCCGCUGCCACGUGCACAUCUCAUUCGACCCGGCAUCCGACUUCUUCGGCGCCGCCAGCACCGGCGGCCACAUCACCAACGCGGCGCUCACCGCAGUGCGCGCCGCCCUCAAGGAAGCCCACACUAACGGCCAGAUUGGCAUCCUCGAGCCCUUCACCCAGGUGCAAAUCCACUGCCCCGAAGAGGCCGGCAGCGCCAUCCAGCACGACCUGGCCGCGGGCCGCGGCGGCCAGGUGCUCGAGGUGCACAAGCCCGAGGAGGACAGCGAGGCCCACGCCGACGACGCCGCCCCCGCCAUCGACCUCGCCAAGGUCUACGUCCCGCCCGACCCGUACGAGUCCGUGCAGAGCCUGCGCGGCGCCAAGAAGGCCGUCGUUCGCAUGCUCACCAUUGUGGCCAAGGCGCCGCUCAAGGAGAUGAUGAAGUAUGAUAGCCAGCUGAGGAGUACUACGGGCGGCAGGCAUACCCUGCAGUUGGAUCCGGGUGGGUUUGAGUUGGUGACGGGGCCGAGGGAGAAGGCUUUGGAGGGGAGGUAG